AUGGUUAGGUUCUUGGUUUCUUCUUUGAAUGUUGAUAACAAUUCUAGUAAAGCUAGUGCUAUGAUUAGUUACUAUGAAGUCUUGUUCUUGCUCUAUGUUAUCAUUUUCUCUGUUUUAGUGGUGUCAAUAGUAGUAUUUUCAUGUACUGAUCAUCCUGAAAAUGACAAAGUAUCUAAGAAGAAAAAGAAAAUCAAGUCUAAGUCUAUUGGUGCUAAUUUUGGUGCUACUGGUGGUGUCAUCAUGUAUGCUAGUGGUGCUGGUGGUGCUUGUGGAGGUGGUGGCGGUGGCGGUGGUGGAGGUGGUGGCUGUGGCGGUAGCGGUGGCGGAGGUGGUGGUUGCUGA